AGUGCUGCUGGCGCGGUGUUUAACUUAUUCCAUGAUUGUUUUAGACUGAAGAUCUCGCUCUCUCGGGAUUGGCAGGUGAUUUGGUGAACCUGUUCUGCUGGUUUGUCAUCCUUUCUCUCUGCUGCUCUCCUCUGUUGGUUGGUCAUUUUACCCUUUUUUUUGAUUAAGGUUGUUCCGGUUAUGUCUCGCCCAGAUUGUUCCGUGAAGCCGAACCACUCAUUAUUGAAAUAUGAUUACUAUUGCAGACUUAAAAAACAAAUGAAUAACUGCACAAUAUCUAUUUAGUUUCUCACAUGGGAGAAACAAAUAACACGGGAUGUCACAUCAUUGAAAGACGGCUACACCUUAUGGCCUACGUCACCCUAAUGUGGGCACUACCUAGGAUGUUCCAGAAUGAUCUAGAGGACAAAUGUUUAGUAUAAAAGAACCCACAGUACCGUCAGUUGACCACCAAAAGCCUGAAACGAUCAACAAGACUGAGAAGACCGACAAAUCCAUCCCCAUACUCCCAUACUCAUCCACGGCUUACGGUGCCGCCAUGCAGGCCACCAUGCUGGCCGCCUACCCCAACCGUGGCAGGACAGCCCUAUCCCUGGGCAUCGAAACGGCCGGAGGAGUCAGGACGCCCCUGAUCAUACGGGGCACCAUCAUCCCCACCAAACAGACUCAGACCUUCAGCACAGGCACCGACAACCAGCUCGGGGUCCUGAUCCAGGUCUUUGAAGGAGAGAGAGCCAUGACCAAGGACAACCACCUGCUGGGCGAGUUCGAGCUGUCGGGAAUCCCGCCCGCUCCGAGAGGGGUACCUCAGAUCGAGGUCACCUUCGACAUCGACGCAGACGGCAUUCUGAACGUGUCUGCUGUGGACAAGAGCACGGUAAAAAUAAAACACAUCGCCAACAACAAAGAUCGCCUGAACGAGGAAGCCAUCAAGAGGAUGGUGCGGGAAGCAGACGAUUACAAACUAGAAGACAAGGAACAAAGGGAGAAUAUAGCGGCCAAGAACGCCCUGGAGUCCUACGCCUUCAACAUGAAGAGCAGCCUGCGGGAGGACAACCUGAAGUACGAAGUGAGUGAGGAGGAAAUUAAGAAGGUGGAGGAGACUUGGGAGAAGGUCAUCCUCUGGCUGGAAGACAACCAGCCAAAGGAGACAAAGGACUACCAACUCGUGCUGAAGGAGUUGAAGAAGCUGUGUAACCUCAUCAUCUUCAAUAUGUACCAGUGGGGGCACAGAGCCAUGUAA